CCCAUGAAGCUCUAAUCACUAAUUUCUUUGUUUUUUUCCCAUCAUACAAAGAAAACCCCCAUGUUUUUUUUCGAGUUUCCAAAUGAAUCAGAGGUAGAUUCGUGAUUAAAUACGUGAUGGAAGUGAAGGAGGGGAAAGGAAAAGAACCGAGCUUGAUCGUGAAAACAUGGAAGAGGUGCAAGUCCAUGGGGAACCCGAAGACGGCGGCGGCGGCCGAUGACGGAGAGAGACGGAGGUGGCGGCGCGUGAGAGCACCUGGGGGAUGUUUCACGGUGUACGUGGGUCCACAGAGGCAGAGGUUCGUGGUUCGGACAGAGUACGCUAAUCACCCACUCUUUAGGGUUUUGCUGGACGAGGCCGAGUCGGAGUUUGGUUUCACCAGCGACGGACCAUUGAUGUUGCCAUGCGACGUGGUUUCGUUCCGGGAGUUUCUGGCGGCGAUGGACGAUCGUGAGAUCGCCGGAGAUUUGAUCGGACGGCCAGGAUGCCACCGGCGAGGGUUGUCGGGAUGUGGGCUUCUCAGUCCUUCUAAGAUUGGGAUUGGGACUACUACUUAUCAGUCUCGGAGGAAAUUUAGUUAUCAUAGUAUUGAAGCUUAUAAUUAUUAGAGUUCUUUAAAAUAAAUCACGAAUGUAACCAAGUUCUAUAUGUGAUUAAUAUCAUAUAUGAAAAUGGUAUGUUCUUAACAUUUUUA